AAGAGGAAUCACAGGACUCACAUGCUUUGGUUGAGAGAAACUGUGAUCACAGCCAACGAUAAACUUCUUUGGAGGAGACAAACACAGCUAGGGGAGCGGACCGAUAGGCACUUCAGAACUGUGUGGACCAAACUGGACCGGACCGAGCAGGACUACCUAAAGAUGGAGAAUGACAGAACAGAAACAGAGGAGAUGACAGAGGAGCUAUCAGAAGGUACCGAAGUAAUUGCGGAGGAACCUCCUUUGGGCAUCACUCAGCUGCAGGGCCUGUUGGUUGAGCUGCGUGAGGGGCUCCAUGCAGGCCUGACUGACCUCAGCGAGCUCCGCCAGAGGGACCACGACUUGGAGGAGAAGCUGCAGGCCCAUCAGACCGACGUAGACGAUAAGAUAAUGGGCCUCAAGAACUCGCUCAACACAAUCAAGGAGGAGCUGAAUGUGGCCUUGUUCCACAUUAAGGACGUGUCCAGCAGACAGAUGGAGAUGCAGAAGAGGAUGGAGCUGCUGCAGUUUGAAAGCAAUAAAGACACAAUUUCAAUUCCACGCAGCAGAAAAAGCUCCAGGGCUGAUGUACUAACACCGCCAGGGGAUGAACACAUCUGCACCCCCAGCCAGUCAGAGCUCAGUGUUUUCCAACACUGUUGCCCCACUCUGCCACACAGCGAGUCUCCACAGAGGAGCAACACGUCAACACAAACCUCCAGCUCGGACCAUGAGGUUCAGCCACAUAAACCUCCUGUAUGGGGAGAGAAGAGCAACCGCAGAGAUGAGACAGAAAUCUCCAACAACCAGACUGAAAACAAUAAGAGACAGGAAGCAGCUCUGGAGCUGCUGGAGUCAGAGAGAGUCUACGUGUCCCAUCUGUCUCUGUUACUGAAGGCCAACAUCUCUUUCAACGGAUCAGAAGCUCUGACAUCCAAAGACAAACGCCCGUUUCCCAGCUCUUUAAGGUUUCUGAUCCAGCAGCACCUUAAGCUCCUUCACACUCUCCAGGAGCGUGUGCUCAAGCUCCAGUGGCAAGGCAUCAUGGGAGAUGUUUUCAUGAAGCUCACCAGCAAAGAAAGCGAUUUCCUGGACUUCUACGUUUCCUACCUGAAAGAGCUACCGGACUGUCUGUCAGUCAUCAACACGCUUGCUUCCAGCUCCGUGAAGACUUCUGCCUUUCUGGAGAGCGACGUAAUCGGUGACGAAUCCAAACCGUCCCUUCACACACUGCUCCUUCAGCCAGUCCAGAGGAUCCCAGAGUACCUGCUGCUGCUCCAGGGGCUUCUGAAGCAGACAGACACAGACCACCCAGACUACUACCUGCUGCUGGUGUGCAUCCAGCAGUUCAGGUCCUUCACUGCGCAGUACCACCACCUCCUUCAGCACAACCAGGAGCUGCUGCUGCUCAACCGCAAGGAGGUGAAGAGGUCUACAAUGAAGCAGCUGUUGAAGACGGUGGAGAGUGGGAUUCAAACCAGCAACACCGGCUCACCGUACCCUCGCGGCAAUUCAAUGCUGGAACAUGCUAACAUGGUUAGGCGCAGAAAGCAGUGUCUCCUGGAGCAAAUUCAGUCCCACCGGUUCCAGGACUGGAAUCGUAAUCAGGACCCUGAACAUCAUUGUUACGACACGGAGUGGCCGUCCCACCUGCCUCUCUUCAGCCCAGAUCUGGAUUCAAGGACUCAAAAACCAACAGGUCUUGGUAGUAUCCCAGAGAGUGAGAUAUCAGAAAGGUCACAUGAGCACAGUUGGCCCUCCAGACCCUCUGAAUUCCACCAAGUCCAGCCGGGCUCUGCUCUGGCUGAUGCCAUCGAAGAGUUCCUCCUUCCUCCAGACCCUCCAGGGAUGGAGACUCUCUUUGAUGAGGAUGGCAUCUCCCUUCAUGAUGCACCUCUGUUCGACCACUGCUCAUCUGCCUCCUCAGACUCCUCCAUUGACAUUGCCUUUGUGAAGUGUCCCAAACCCCCUUCAGCGUCGCACCACGCGGUAGCAACAAAUGUGUCAACAACCGUGUUUGGGAAUGGUGGGAGUCACAGUUACAGCAAACUGCCCAGCCGGGGUUGUGUCUCACCGGAUGAAGCCGUAAUGACACGUUGCCAUCUACAUCGACCCCUCCAGGCCAGCCAGCGCAAGAGUAAGUCGUUGAACGGCCUGCAGAUGGAGAACACCAUGAGCGGUCUGGAUGCAGGACCUCUGUCAGACCACCCGCAAAGGGGGGCGCUUGGUAUCCAUGCCAAACUGGAGCGUCAGGGCAGUAAGGGCAGCAAAUGUUCCACCCCGCCACACAAAGUCCACAGUCCCCUGGGAAACAUGGACAAGCAGAGCGCAGAUCUUCAUGGACUGCUCAGCAUUGACCCUGGCAACCAGGCAUGGGUGGACGAGUCAAAGUGGAGGAGUGGGACCGACGAGCACAAUCACACACCCCUCAGCGAGAGGAGUCGCAAAGACAAGGGAGGAUUCAGGAGCUCGUUCAAGAAACUCUUCAAGAAGAAGACUGGUGAUGAAAAGAAGGGAGGCGAGAAAACUCCUGAAAAUCAAAAUAAUGCUGAACAUGAAAGUGUGGGGAAACCCCCCAAACUGGUUCAUCUGGAGCUGAACCGCGGCACUGCUGUAUAAAUUCACUUACUGG